AUGCCUCACCUAUCCACAACCCUGAUUCACGCUGAUGACAAAAAUAAUCGUGUCUCAGAUGUUGCUCCUCCUAUUAAUGUUGCCACUACCUAUAGAUAUGACAACAACAAUUUAAUUCCAUGGUCUGAACAAGAUGAGAUGACUGUCUUGGAAGGAGAACCUGUGUAUUCUCGGGAAGCCCAUCCAAAUUGCACCAGACUCGAGAAUAUCUUUUCAGAUGUCCUUGAUGGUCAUGCUGUUAUCUACAACUCUGGUUGUUCUGCAUUCCAUGCUGCUUUGGUUCAUUUGAACCCCAAGAGAUUCUUUAUCGGUCAAAGUUACUUUGGCUGUAAAGCAAUUGCGGAUAUGAUAACUAGAAAUUAUGGUAUGGAACAAUAUACAUUGGAAGAUAUUGAAAAAUUCGCUCAAAAGGGUGACUUAGUUCACCUAGAGACUCCAGUUAACCCAUUCGGUACUUCAAUCGAUAUUCAAGCCAUUGCUGAUAAAGCUCAUUCAAAAGGUGCUUUGUUACUUGUUGACUCUACCUUUGCCCCACCACCUUUACAAAAUGCGUGGGAUUUUGGGGCAGAUAUCAUAAUGCAUUCUGCCACCAAAUUCUUUGGUGGUCAUUCAGAUUUGUUAAGUGGUGUACUAGUAGUAAAGGAUCAAACCGCAGCUCGUGAAUUGAGACAUGACAGAAUUCACCUAGGUACAAUUAUUGGAAACCUAGAAAGUUAUUUAUUGAUUAGAUCUAUGAGAACUUUUGAAAUGAGAGUUACACAACAAUCGAAGAAUGUUUCUGGCGUCGUUAAGUUCUUGAACGACAAUAAAUCAACUUAUGACAAAGUUAUAAGAGUUAUUCAUCAUUCAUCUUUACAAACAGAACCAUUUGUUGCUAAACAAUUGGCAGGUGGUCAAACUCCAGUAUUCUCCAUCUGUCUAAUGAGUCAAGAACAAUGCAAGAAAUUCGUCGCAAAACUAAAAUACUUUCAACAUGCAACCUCUUUGGGUGGUGUUGAAUCCUUGGUAGAAUGGAGAGCUAUGUCUGACGAUACCAUUGAUCAGACAUUAUUACGAUUCUCUAUUGGUUGUGAAAAUGUCAAUGAUCUUGUCGAUGAUCUAAAACAAGCUUUACAAAGUAUGCAAGACGAUAACUAA